UCCAGAGGCCCCGCCGGACGCGACCGUCACACCCGCGCCCUCCCCACCCUGUGCCCCGACCCCACACUCCCGGCUCCCCGCGCCCUCACCUCACAUCCCCUCCUCCGCUCGGUCUGGGCCCAGGCCCCUGUGCCCCUGAAGACAUGGAGUUCGUGUCCGGAUACCGCGAUGAGUUCCUCGACUUCGCCGCCCUCCUGUUUGGCUGGUUCCGAAAGUUCGCGGCGGAGCGGGGGGCCGCGGGGGCCAGCCUCGAGGCCCGCGGGCGCCAGCUGGAGGCUCAGAUCCGGAGGCUGCCCCAGGACCCUGCCCUGUGGGUGCUGCAUGUGUUGCCCAAUCGUAGUGUGGGCAUCAGCCUGGGGCAAGGGGCCGAGCCAGGCCCUGGACUGGGCCUGGGGGCCGCCCGGUUCCUGGGAGAUGAGCCCCCGCUCCACCUGCGAGACCUAAGCCCCUACGUCAGUUUUGUCAGCCUGGAGGAGGAGGCGGAGGAAGCGGGGGAGGGGGAGGAAGAGAAUGGAGAGCCGGAGGGUGCAGGCCGGGAGAAGGUAGAUCCACAGGAAGAUGGGGAGCCCGCCCCCACCAGCAGGGAGUCCCCCCAGGAAGCAAACCCUCCAGGGGGACCAGAGAAGGCCCAGCCGGAGGCAGCAGCUGGUGGAGGUGGCCGCGAUGGCUGCCGAGAAGACAAGGCAGAGGACGAAGGGGUUCCCGAGAGGAGGAAGGGGCGGCGAAGUGAGGCUGCCCCCCUGCACCUUUCCUGCCUCCUACUGGUAACAGAUGAACACGGCACCAUCUUGGGCAUUGACCUGCUAAUGGACAGAGCCCAGGGCGGUGCAGGCAAGGGCUCAGGGCCGGAGAAACUGGCCCCUCGGGCCUACGGUCUCCUCUGCCACAGCAUGGCCUGCCCCAUGGGCUCCGGAGACCCUCGAAAGCCCCGACAGCUGACUGUGGGGGACGCCCAGCUGCAUCGAGAGCUGGAGAGUCUGGUCCCAAGGCUGGGGGUGAAGCUGGCCAAGACGCCAAUGCGGACCUGGGGUCCCCGGCCAGGCUUCACAUUUGCCUCCCUUCGGGCACGAACCUGCCACGUCUGUCACAGACACAGCUUUGAAGUGAAGCUGACGCCGUGCCCCCAGUGCAGUGCCGUCUUGUACUGCGGGGAGUCUUGUCUCCGGGCCGACUGGCGCCGAUGCCCGGACGACGUGAGCCACCGGUUUUGGUGCCCGAGGCUUGCGGCCUUCAUGGAUCGAACCGGGGAGCUGGCAGCUCUGCCCUUCACCUACACCGCAGAGGUGACAAGUGAAACCUUCAACAAGGAGGCCUUCCUGGCCUCAAGGGGCCUCACUCGUGGCUACUGGACCCAGCUCAGCAUGCUGCUCCCAGGCCCUGGCACCCCCAGGCACCCCCGGGGCAGCACGCCAUCCCUCAGCCUUCUUCUCAGUGGAGAUCCCUACCAGCUUCUCCAGGGGGAUGGGCCUGCCCUGAUGCCUCCUGUGCCCCCAGAUCCACCCAGGGGCCUCUUUGGCUCCUGGCAGGAUUACUAUACGUGGAGGGGCCUCGGCUUGGACUCCCCCAUGGCCGUGCUUCUCACCUACCCGCUGACCGUGUACUACGUCAUCACCCACCUGGUGCCCCAGUCCUUCCCUGAGCUCAACAUCCAGAACAAGCAGUCACUGAAAAUCCACGUGGUGGAGGCGGGGAAGGAGUUCGACCUGGUCAUGGUGUUUUGGGAGCUCUCCGUCUUGCUCCCCCACGUGGCCCUAGAGCUGCAGUUUGUGGGCGACGGCCUGCCCCCCGAGAGUGACCAGCAGCAUUUUACCCUGCAGAGGGAUGGCCCAGAAGUGUCCGUCCGUUCUGGUUCCGGCGUGUCCGGGCGGCUCAGCUCCGGGACCAAGGAGAAGGGAAGCCGCAGGGAUUUGCAGAUCAAGGUGUCUGCACGGCCUUACCACCUGCUCCAGGGGCCCAAACCUGACCUGGUGAUCGGUAAGAGCCUGGGGCAGGCGUGUGGGGAGGUGCGGGAAGGCCACGGGCGACAGCAUGUGCCCGCCCUCUCUCGGUCUGCAGGGUUUAACUCCGGCUUCGGUCUCAAGGACACCUGGCUGAGCUCGCUGCCCCGGCUCCAGUCCCUCCGAGUGCCGGCCUUCUUCACCGAGAGCAGCGAGUACGGUUGUGUGAUGGACGACCAGACCAUGGCGGUGGCCACGGGAGGGGGCACCAGCCCCCCGCGGCCCAACCCCUUCCGCUCCCCCUUUCGCCUGCGAGCGGCCGACAACUGCAUGCCCUGGUACUGCAACGCCUUCAUCUUCCACCUGGUCUACAAGCCUCCGCAGGGGAGCGGGGCCCGCCCGGCGCCCGGGCCCGCGCCCCUGGCCCCGACCCCCGCCGCGCCCCCCGCCCCGGCGCGCAGGCGCCGAGGGGAGAAGAAACCUGGGCGGGGGGCGCGGCGGCGCCGGUGAGCGCCCAGGUGUGGCCGCCCGGGCCCCGCCCCCAGCGCGCCCCCGAAAGCCGGGCGGAGCCGCGCGCGGCCGGGGGCAGGCGGGCUGGCUGGACGCGCGCAGGUAAAUACAGGUGCUCGUUUGAAACCGCUGAGUCACGUACUUUCCGGUUAUACGUCCUGAACCGGCUCAUUAAACGCGGAGGAGAGGACAGGA